ACCCUUCCUCCUGGGGCAGAGUACAAUGUGAAUACAUAUGUUACUCAUCCGUGGGUGUUUCGUGACGCUGAGACAGGUGCUACCUUGCUGGUGAACUCAGAGGAGGUGUUCUUCCCUAAGGUGGACCUGCCUAUGGCACCGCAUCUGACCCUUGGGUCAAGCAUGACAUCCUUCACUGCUCUCCUUGUCUGAUGCUCCUUCACCCCUAUGCUGAGGUCGGCGGCUACACACUGACCCAGCAGCGCCCAUCACUUCACCCUCCACACACUCCACUCCUCACUACGUGACCCGACCUAUCUUCCCUGAGGGCCACGCACGCUACGGACCUGUCAGCCCAUACAGGAUCCCUGUCUAUAUCAGCAUCCCCCUCUACACCCUCCAGGAAAGGGCAGCUCAGGUGGUGGGGUCGUGCCUGCAGAACCCAAAACUUGCCUACUCCCUUGAUAUUCCAAAGAACCUCAUGAGCACCAUUGCUAAGUGGGUGGUGUAAGCUCACCUGCAACUUAUACUCCAACAGCUUCACGUGUGAGAGCAACCAUGAGGGCAGGUGAUGAGCGGGAGAAUCUCAAUCCCCAGGUGUUUGCCGAGGCUGGCCAGCGCAAGGCAGGUCUCUCAGACUGGGAUGAUGCAGUCAGAGACCCAUUUGAUGCCAGGGAAAUCUUUGACCUGAUACGAGGCAUCCGUGACCCUGAGCAUCCCUUGACCCUGGAACAGCUCAAUGUGGUGAGUGAGGAUCAGUGUGAGGUGAGUGAUGCCGAGAACCAUGUGCGGGUGUUCUUCACUCCCACCAUCCCUCACUGCGGCAUGGCCCCCAUCAUUGGCCUUAGCAUUCGCCUCAAGCUGCUCCAUACUUUACCCCGCAGGUUUAAGGUGGAAGUGAUCCUCUCUCCUGGGAGCCAUGCCAGUGAGGCAGCCAUCAACAAACAGCUAGCAGACAAGGAGCGUGUGGCGGCUACCCUAGAGAACCCAAGUUUGCUGGCAGUAGUAAACAAGUGCAUUGCCCCAGACCACCCUGCUGCCAGUGUGGGCUGAUGCAAGGUCUGAAGGCCAGCAGUAAUGUGAGGGAUACAUGAACCUGGGUAAGACUGCAUUGCAGGGAUGUUGAAAAUCUGUACAAAAUCUUUAGCCCAUGCUGUAGUUGUAGUUAGUGGCUGAGAAGAGCCAUGUAGAAGGGUGUUGUUGAAAAUGAAUGCAUGUCAAAGGAAGAUAGAACUCUAUAAUGUUUUUUGUUGUCCAUUUUGUAUUAAAACUUGGUGGUUUUAUCACCUCAUAUUAGUAUAUUUUUUAUAGUCAUUAUAGAUAUAUUAGAAUGUAUACAUGCUCUUGUGAAUUAUGCAGCACUCUCUCUCUCUCUCUUGUUAAUAGGAUUUAAAUUUAAUCGGUUUCUACUUAGGUAUAAGGACAGACCACUAAACCUGGACCAUGAUGUUUGUGUGGUCUGAUUAUCUAUGUAAAUCUCUCUCUCUCA